GCCCUCUCGCCAGGCGCCCUUCUCGGCCAUGGCUCCGCUGAUUUGCUGGCGCUGCUUCCCUCGGGCUUGGCUCUGCAGGGGAGCCAGGCGGGGCCCGGGCCGGCACUACCGCGCCGCGCUUUGCGCAGAGCUGAAGGAGCCCCUGGCCGUCGGAGAGGUGGCCCCCCGCCCUGUGCUGCCUCACGAGGUCAGAGUUGAUGUCCAUUUCUGUGGAGUUAACUUUGCUGAUAUAUUGGUCUGUCAUGGUCAGUAUCAGGAAAAGCCCCACCUUCCCUUCACACCUGGGAUGGAGUUUUCUGGGACCGUAUUGGAGAUAGGCACCGAUGUCAGCACAGUGAAAGAGGGAGAUCGAGUCAUUGGUGUGAGUCACUUUAAUGCUAUGGCUGAAGAAUGCAUCACUGACCAGAAGACCCUGUGGCAGAUUCCAGAGAAGCUCCCCCUGCGAGAAGCUGCUACCUUACCUGUAACUUACGGCACUGCUAUUUUGGCUCUGGAGCAUCGGGCCCAUACCCAGCCUGGAGAAACUGUCUUAGUGACAGCAGCAGCUGGAGCCACAGGCCUUGCAGUUAUAGAUGUGGCAACAAAUGUUCUUCGGGCCAAGGUAAUAGCUGCAGCUGGAAGUGAUAAGAAGUGCAAGCUGGCAAUGCAGAGGGGCGCACAGUUAAGCGUGAACUACAAUCAGGGCAGCCUGAAGGAGGCAGUGCAGCAGCUGGUGGGCAGUGGUGGAGUGAAUGUGGCCAUUGACAUGGUGGGAGGAGACCUCUUCCUGGAGGCUCUCCGCAGCCUGGCAUGGGAGGGCAGGAUUGUGGUGUUAGGAUUUGCUGGAGGAAACAUUGCUUCUGUGCCUGCCAACCUGCUGCUCCUGAAGAACAUCUCUGCCCUGGGCCUGUACUGGGGCCGAUACCAACUCCAGAACUUUCCUGUCUUCUCCAAGAGCCUGCACUCAGCACUUCAGUACUACCACCAGGGGCGCAUCCAGCCGUAUGUCGGAAAGGUGUUUAAACUGGAGGAGGUGAAUGAUGCCUUCCUUCAUGUUAUACAGCGCAAAUCCACAGGAAAGGUGCUUCUCUCUCUCAAGUAAAUCCUCACCUCAGUAAUAAAUUCAGCAUGACCAAAUCCAAAUUCAUCAUCUUUUCCCCAAACUUGAUUUCCCUCCUGUGUUUUUAAAGGUCUUAUCAACUUUCUUCCUAACUCAGGUUUAAAAUAUUACAGUCACCAGCCAGGCAUGGUAGUACACACCUAUAAUCCCAGUACUCUGGAAGGUGAGGC